AUGAUCUUCCCACGACUGGCCGCAGUCGCCCUGCUGGCGGCUGCUGCCCCUGCUACUGCGCGAGAUGUGCCAGACAAUAUUGAACAGUUCUACAAAAACAUCACGUCACAGAACAAAUGCAGCGAUAUUCUCGCAUCCGGCUUUUACAGCAAGGAUGGAGACAAGCCUACGUCCGUUUACUGUGGUGAUCAUCUCCGGGAUUACGGUGUCAUCUACCUCCGAGGAGAGGGAAAGAGCCUGGUGAAUAUGGACAUUGACUGCGACGGUGCUCAGAAAGGAAGCCCAGCAGACGAUGGACGCUGUCGCGCAUCAGACGAUACACUGUCUAUCUCCUCUUUCCAGGACACCAUUGGCUCAUAUGGUACUGGGAUCAAGGACAUUGAUGCUUAUGUGCACCCUUACGUCGUCUUUGGGAACACUGGGAGUAAGAAAGACUGGGCUACAUUCAAUCCUACCCAACACGGCAUUGAGCCCCUCAGCUUAAUGGCCGUUGUAUAUGGUAUCUGGGCUGAUGAGAAUGGGGAUGAUGGUGACAAGCCUAUGGUCGGUGAGGCAUCCAUCUCUUUAGCUACAGCCUGCUAUGGCAAAGAUAAGGUGGACGGCAACACUGCCCAUGAUGAAGACGACGUGCUGUAUAUUGCUUUCCUGGGCAAAGAUGCUAUUCCUGGUGCUACGGGUGCUAAUUGGAAUGCGACGAGCUACGACGAGUUCCAGAGCAGCGUCCGCGAAUUGGGGGACAAGUUGAUCGAGCGCGUUGGGUCGUCGGGGGCCAACUGGUCAGCGGGUGGCGAUGGGGGCGAUGAUUCAUCUGCGUGGGUUGCAGGCUCACCGAGCCUGGCCGCCUCCGUGGCAGCAAGCCUUCUGACAUGUAGCAGUCUUGUGUUUAUUUGA